GCCAUGUGACCACUGGUGAUAAGUAUGUAAAUAAGUCAGGUUUAAAGGUGAUCCUCUUCCACUGGCAUCGUGCGCGAGAGAGAUUUGACUGCGCGCACACACCACUCAGCUGUGCAUCUCCACGAGAACAUUAACCAGGAGGAUGAGUUUCUUAUUUGGAAAUCGCUCAUCCAAGACAUUCAAGCCCAAGAAGAACAUUCCAGAAGGUUCUCACCAAUACGAGCUGCUGAAACAUGCUGAGGCGACACUGGGCAGUGGGAACCUGCGCAUGGCCGUCAUGUUGCCCGAUGGAGAGGAUCUGAAUGAAUGGGUUGCAGUGAACACGGUGGACUUCUUUAACCAAAUCAACAUGCUUUAUGGGACUAUUACAGACUUUUGCUCUGCGGACAGCUGUCCAGUUAUGUCCGCUGGACCCAAAUAUGAGUAUCACUGGGCUGAUGGAACUAACAUCAAAAAGCCAAUCAAAUGCUCUGCUCCUAAAUACAUUGACUACCUGAUGACCUGGGUACAGGAUCAGCUUGAUGAUGAAACACUUUUUCCAUCUAAAAUUGGUGUCCCCUUUCCUAAGAACUUCAUGUCUGUGGACAAGACAAUUUUGAAGCGUCUUUUUCGUGUAUAUGCUCACAUUUAUCACCAGCACUUUGACUCAGUCAUGCAGCUGCAGGAGGAAGCUCACCUCAACACCUCUUUUAAGCACUUCAUCUUUUUUGUUCAGGAGUUUAACCUAAUUGACCGAAAGGAACUUGCACCACUUCAAGACCUGAUUGACAAACUAACCACCAAGGACAGAUAGACUGACAUGUACAAAAUAAUCAUUCUUCUGUCACUUUACUGAUUUUCAUCUUUCCUUUUUUAUUUCUCUUUCUGUUGCUUUUGUUCUUUGUACAAAUGCCCUACUCUGACUUUUACACUAGAGCACAUGCUAAGCUCACAUUAGCUGGGCAACAGGGAAUACAAUCCUGUAACAACAUAAAAUGGGCUAGCACAAUGCUAAUGGCUGAAAAGGGCAUUAGCUAGUGUCCUUGAACAGUUUGCUGAUUUUAGUUUCAAUAGUAAAACACAAGACAUAACAUUUUUUUUUUUUAUCUCUGUUGUGAUGUAUCCACCAGCAGUGAGGUGCAGUAAUGUUAAUGUGUGCUGGUUUGCCUGUCUGUGUGUUUGAGUGUGUUGAGUCUGCGCAUGUCCCAGUUUUCAAUGCAGUAAUGUAACAGCAAACAGUAACUGUAAAGAGUCAUACUUAGUCUAUUUUCCUAUGCAAUUGCCAUGCUCAACUGUUAUUGCUACCUGUCCCAUAAUGCUACUGUUUAUCCAGGCUUAGUUUUAUCUAUACCUUUUACCUCAGAUCUUAUUACACUCCAUCAUUAGCUUCGUCUACCUUGCUUUCUUUACACAGCUAAUAAACACAACGUUAAUAAGUCAAUUAACUAUAUUAAUGUUAAAUUAGGAAUUUUGUUUUUAGUUUCAUAAAUAUUAUUUAGAAACUCCUAAUUCCCCUUUUCAACUUUUCUUUUUUUUAAUAGCGUUUUCUGUUAGUUAUUGCUCCACAAUUCAGAACUUUCUGGCUUGACUCAUUAUUUAGCAUUUUGACUGUAAUUUAAGGUGCCAAGUGAUGAUUUUCAGUGAAAGCUGACAUAUUUCCUAGUGACAAUAAGAUGGAUAUAUUUUCCCCAGACUGUAUAAUAUUUAAAGACAUUUUUAACUAGAUCUAAUAUGUAUAUAGUAGAGUGGCAGUGGGAAUUGGAUAUUUUACAAAUCACAGUGACUGAUAUGUGUUUUACAUUAAUAAAGGCUAUGAAUUAUCAA